AUGAAAAAUUUACUGAGCAAAUGUACAUCCAUUAACUUCCUCAAUACUGCCAAGAUGACAACAGUUGAAAAAAUUAAGGCCAUCGAGGAUGAGAUGGCCAAGACACAGAAAAACAAGGCUACCUCUUUUCAUUUGGGUCAACUUAAGGCGAAGUUGGCUAAAUUGAGAAGAGAACUUUUGACUGAUGGAGCUUCAGGUGGAGGUGGUGGAGGAGCUGGUUUCGAUGUUGCUAGAACAGGUGUGGCCACGAUAGGAUUCGUCGGUUUUCCUUCUGUGGGUAAGUCCACUCUUUUGUCUAAGCUAACUGGAACCCACUCCGAGGCUGCUGCAUAUGAAUUUACCACCUUAACCACAGUCCCAGGUGUUAUCAAAUACAAGGGUGCUAAGAUUCAAAUGUUGGAUCUUCCAGGUAUUAUUGAAGGUGCCAAGGAUGGUAAAGGUAGAGGUAAGCAGGUCAUCGCUGUUGCAAGAUCGGUAAACUUAUUGUUCUUGGUUCUCGACGUCAACAAACCUUUGCAACAUAAGCAAAUUAUCGAAAAGGAGUUGGAAGGUGUUGGUAUCAGAAUUAAUAAAGAGCCUCCCAACAUUGUCAUUAACAAAAAGGAGAGAGGAGGAAUCAACAUCACUACUACCUCUCCCUUGACUCACUUGGACAACGAUGAAAUUCGAGCUGUCAUGUCCGAAUACAAGAUCAACUCUGCCAACAUUGCCUUUAGAUGUGACGCUACUGUUGAUGACUUGAUUGAUGCGAUUGAAGCGAAGUCCAGAAGAUACAUUCCUGCCAUCUACGUGCUCAACAAAAUCGACUCAUUCUCCAUUCAAGAGCUUGACUUGUUGUACAAAAUUCCUAACGCCAUUCCAAUUUCAUCCGGUAAUGGCUGGAAUUUGGAUGACCUUUUGGACAUGAUGUGGCUGCGCUUGAAAUUGGUAAGAGUUUACACAAAACCUAAGGGAAAAUUGCCAGACUUUAAUGAACCAGUUGUUUUGCGCAGUGACCGCUGCACGGUGGAGGAUUUUUGUAACUCCAUCCACAAAUCUUUAGUUGAAGAUUUCAGAAAUGCAGUUGUGUAUGGUACUUCGGUUAAGCAUCAACCUCAAAUUGUCGGUUUGAGUCAUGUGUUGCAGGACGAAGACGUCAUCACCAUUCUCAAGAAGUAG